AUGUUGCUGACUGGUUUUGAAGCUAUCCCCUGGUGGGCAUGGGUUCCGCUAGUGUAUGUGAUCUACAGAAUUACCUCUUAUGUGAGUUACACUAUCAAGUACUAUAAGCUGGGAGCGUCUGCUCCACCACACUAUAAUGACGGUGUUUUUGGAUUUUGGUUUACUAAGGAGACUUUGAGAAGAAGGAAGACGGGAGAGAUUCCUCAGUUGUUUAUUGAGUUGUACGACAAGAUAAAGAGGGAUACGUUUACGUUCCGUGCUACUGGUACUUGGAGGUUUUGUACUCGUGAUCCAGAGAACAUCAAGGCUAUCUUGGGUACUCAAUUCAAUGAUUUUUCGUUGGGCCUUCGCCAUAAGCAAUUCCGUGUUGUUCUUGGCGAUGGCAUCUUCACCUUGGAUGGUGCUGGCUGGAAACACUCUAGGGCUAUGCUUAGGCCUCAGUUUGCAAGAGAGCAGGUUUCCCAUGUCACCAUGUUGGAGCCUCAUGUCAAGCAAGUCAUUCGCAGAGUGAAGGCUACCAAUGGCUCGAAGUUUGACCUCCAGCCGCUUUUCUUCAAGUUGACAAUUGACUCAGGCACGCAGUUCUUGUUUGGCGAAUCUUGUGCUUCUCUUCAGGAUGAUAUUGCUGAUUAUGCGGACCUCCCAGGCCCAGAAGAGAUGGAACACUUCCCAAAGGCUUUCAAUACUUCUCAGACGUAUCUUCUCAUGAGAAUGGGUCUUCAGAACCUUUAUUUCUUGCUCAACACUAAGGAAUUCAAGGAAUGUAACAAGAUUGUACACCAUUUUGCUGAUUACUACGUGAACAAGGCUCUUGAAGCCACUUCUGAAGAAGUCGAGAAGCAUGCUGAUUCCGGUUAUGUGUUUUUGUAUGAGUUGGUGAAGCAAACAAGAGAUCCUAAGGUAUUGAGAGACCAAUGCUUGAACAUUCUUGUUGCUGCCAGAGAUACCACCGCUGGACUUAUGUCCUUCUUGUUCUUUGAGCUUUCGAGAAAUCCUGCUGUAUUCCAAAAGUUACGUGCCGAGAUUGUUGAAGCUUUUGGUGAAGGUGAAGAUGCCGACCUCAGCAAGAUGACUUUUGAGUCUCUCAAGAAGCUCGAAUAUCUUAAGUGGGUCCUCAAUGAAACUCUCAGGUUGUACCCUUCUGUGCCGCAAAACUCUAGAUUGGCAACUCGUGAUACCACCUUACCGAGAGGUGGAGGCAAGGAGGGUAACGAUCCUGUCUUUGUUCCAAAAGGUUCAGUGGUGGUUUACACAAUCUAUGCAACCCACAGAAACCCCGAGAUCUAUGGUAAGGACGCAGGUGUUUGGCGUCCUGAAAGAUGGGGCGAGCCUGAUCUUAAGAAGGUUGGUUGGGGAUUCUUGCCUUUCAAUGGUGGCCCACGUAUCUGUUUGGGCCAACAGUUUGCCUUAACUGAGGCCUCAUACGUCACCGUCAGACUUUUGCAGAACUUCAGCAACAUUGGGUCUUUUGCUGAGCCUGGUGAUCCAAAGAAGAAUACGCAUUUGACUAUGUCUUUACAUGGCGGUACUAACAUCAAGUUAUAUUGA